CUCCUAAUUGCAGACAUAUUGAAUAAGAGAUUUAAUAUAUAUAUAUAUAUAUAUAUAUAUAUAUAGUUAUAUAUUUUCCAGCUUUUGGACCACUUCAGUUUACUUCCUUGAUUUUGUUUCCCAUCGAGACGUCUGUACGUUCAGGCAUCUAGAAUGGCGGACCUGAUCGAUCACGAAUCAUUGAACCAGGAUGAGAAAGGAACGACGGCCACGGUGGGCGACACCUCGUCAAGCCCGUGUCAUGAGUCGUUCUGGCACCAGUCUUCCCAAUUGUCCCAGCUCCAGAGGAAGCUGAAAAGCAGACACCUUCAGAUGAUUGCUAUUGGCGGAACUGUCGGCACCGGUCUAUUCAUUGGUAGCGGCGAAGCAAUUUCAACUGCGGGCCCUGCCGGUGCUCUGAUCGCAUAUACUUUCGUCGGAUCUAUCGUGUAUUCCGUCAUAGUUUCUCUUGGAGAAAUGGCAACGUGUAUACCAGUAGCUGGCGCCUUCACCACGUACGCUACCCGCUUCGCUGAUCCUAGUCUUGGUUUCGCGAUGGGUUGGAUAUACUGGUUUUCGUGGUCCAUUACUUUCGCCCUCGAGUUGACGGCGACAAGCCUUAUCAUCCAAUUCUGGAUCAAGGACGCCCCUGCUGCCAUAUUCAUCGGUGUGUUUUGGUUGUUCAUAACGUCAAUCAAUCUGCUACCCGUCAGCUUCUACGGCGAAAUCGAGUUCUGGUUCUCUAGCAUUAAAGUCGUCACCGUCAUUGGCUUCAUGAUCUUUGGCAUUUGCAUUAAUGCCGGCGCAGGCCAGCAGGGCUAUUUAGGAUUCAAGUACUGGAAGGACCCCGGCGCAUUCGCUCCAUACCUCGUCGAAGUCGUCGGAACUGAUCAUAUUGCCACUGCAAAAUUUAUCGGAUUCUGGGCUACUCUUAUCCAAGCCGGCUUCUCAUAUCAGGGAACCGAAUUAGUAGGCAUCGCGGCGGGAGAAGCAGAGAACCCACGAAAAGCCGUACCAGCAGCAAUUAAAAAGACCUUUUAUCGCAUCCUUUUCCUCUUCGUCUUGACAAUCUUCUUUAUUGGCAUUCUAAUCCCAUACACAAACCAAGACCUCAUGUCACAAGCCGCCAACGCUUCCGCGUCUCCAUUUGUCAUCGCCGCCAAGCUUGCCGGCGUCAGGGUCCUCCCAAGUCUCAUCAACGCCGUCCUCCUCACUGUGGUUAUCUCCGCUGCAAACUCCAGUGUUUACUCUGGCAGUAGAAUACUAGUAGGCCUUUCCAGGGAUGGGUGUGCCCCCAAACCCUUCUCCAAGACUACUAAGGGUGGCGUACCCAUCGCGUGCGUCCUCUUCACCGCCGCCUUCGGCCUUCUCGGCUUCCUUAACCUCUCCAACAGCGGGGCCAUGGUCUUCGAAUGGUUCAUGAACAUCAGCGGCAUCGCUGGCUUCAUCGCAUGGUCCUGCAUUAACGGCUGCCACCUGCGCUUCAUGCGUGCGCUGCGUGAGAGGAAUAUUAGCCGCGAUGCGCUGCCUUACAAAGCACCCUUCCAACCCUACCUGGCGUGGUACGGCCUCUCCUUUAACAUCCUUAUCAUCAUUACUCAAGGUUUUACGGCCUUUUUACCCUGGGAGCUAAGCAAUUUUUUCGUCGCAUAUAUUAGUCUAUUUCUCUUUAUCAUGUUGUAUUUUGCACACAAGGUUGUGUGCCGCACGACCUUUGUUAAACUGAGGGAGGCGGAUGUGGAUACGGGCCGGGUGGUGGUUUAUACAGAUACAUCAGGGCCAACUAGAGUGCCGACGACGACGUGGGAACUUGUUCGGCAUCGGAUUCAGAAGAUGUUUUUCUAAUGAUAGGCAUGAUGCUUUCUUAUUAUCUCCAUGCGAUUAUUUUUAAUUUUUCUUUGCAUGCUGUUGAUAUUUGUAUUUGUAUUUUUUGUUUUGUUUUGUUUUAUUCAAUUUUUUUGUGAAUUAAAUUAAUGAAUUAAUGAAUUAUUUUUUCCGUUUCUUGCUGUCUUUUUUGCUUCUGUUUCUUUAUUUCCGAUUUCUAUAUGUAUUUCUGCUUCGUCGCCUGUCUAUUGGUUGAGAACUUGAUUCCUUUAAUAUCUCGAAGGUGUAACUGGGAUAUCUCUCUAGUGUGCAAUUAUUCUAUGCUCAUAUGUCUGAUUUUCAAGUGAAAAAUAGCUUGAUGCAUAUAUGUUGCAUCAGCAAUACCUGCCAUAAUGGUUCACUAUGUGGCUGGAAG